CCUCUGAUCAUCGCGCUGAGAUUACACUGAGUACAGGUCACCUACACCCGGUGGCUUUCCCCAGAGAAGGUGAGAAGCCUCCCGCUGCAUAAGGUCUCCGAUGUACAGCGAUGGGAGAAUGGACUAUACUAGAAAGACUUCUAGAGGCUGCUGUGCAACAGCACAGUACUAUGAUAGGAAGGAUCCUGCUGACUGUGGUUGUCAUCUUUAGGAUACUUAUUGUUGCCAUUGUAGGAGAGACAGUUUACGAUGAUGAGCAGACCAUGUUUGUCUGUAACACUCUUCAGCCAGGGUGCAACCAGGCGUGCUAUGACAGGGCUUUUCCAAUCUCCCACAUCAGAUACUGGGUGUUCCAGAUCAUCAUGGUCUGCACUCCAAGCCUAUGCUUCAUCACAUAUUCUGUUCACCAGUCUGCUAAACAGAAGGAAAGAAGAUACUCUACAGUAUACCUCACCCUGGAUAGAGACCAAGACACUGUGAAAAGGGAGGAUAGUAAAAAAAUCAAGAACACCUUGGUUAAUGGUGUCCUACAAAACACAGAAAACUCAACUAAGGAGGCCGAACCAGACUGCUUAGAAAUAAAGGAAAUACCCAACCCCUCAAUAAGAACCACAAAAUCCAAGAUGCGGCGCCAGGAAGGAAUCUCAAGAUUUUAUAUUAUUCAAGUGGUUUUUAGAAACGCUCUGGAAAUUGGCUUUCUUGUUGGACAAUAUUUCCUGUAUGGGUUUAAUGUGCCCUCCCAGUAUGAGUGUGACCGGUACCCAUGCAUCAAAGAGGUGGAGUGCUACGUAUCAAGGCCGACAGAGAAAACAGUCUUUUUGGUUUUUAUGUUUGCAGUCAGUGGCCUCUGUGUUGUUCUCAAUUUAGCUGAAUUGAACCAUCUGGGAUGGAGAAAGAUCAAGACAGCAGUCCGAGGUGUACAGGCCAAGAGAAAAUCCAUUUAUGAGAUCAGGAAUAAGGACUUGCCCAGGAUGGGUGUACCCAAUUUUGGCAGGACUCAGUCUAGUGACUCAGCCUAUGUGUGAGGAUGUUUCAAAAGCAACAACUGAAAACUGGGCCCAUGCAGCAUGAGGAGAGGGGAGGGAGGUGGUCUGAUUAAUGGAAUGCCCUUGGACUUGAUUGCCAUUGCAAUGCAGAAAUGUGCUGGCUGGAAAAGUUAUCAAUCAGUAGCAGUUGCCAGUGAUUUAAUUGGCAGCAGUCUCUGGCAGUUUAGUUGGUAAUGUUUCAAUACAACAUAUGAUAGCACACCCUUCCGUACAGCAAUACAGAAUACCAACACAAUAGCCUCCUGUAUGUCUCAGAGCCACUGAGGGUAUGGUUAUAUUACUGCACAUAGACUAAUUGUUACCUACAAUGUGAAGAUAUCACUGUGGAUGAUUAGACGGGAAAAAGGUAAAACAAAGUGAGAGGCACAUUUUAACUCUCAAACUUUUAAGGUCAUUAACAGUCCAUACCAGAAAAUGUUGAAAGUGUCAAUUCCUGAAACACCCCUCAAGUCACUAAACAACACUACACUAACAGGAGUGCUCUCUAAAGAGGUGUCUUAAAAAACCUAAUACUGCCAACUCACCCACUCUCAAGCACUGAAUCUACUUUCAGGUAGGUUCAACAGAGGUCAGUCACAGUAAUCCUUCAGCAAAUAAAACAUCAUUUUUGUAUUCUAUGGAGCAGAUUAACCAAAGAUAUUUUGAUGAUAAUCGGCUCAAUAGAAAAACAAUUUAUUUCCAUAAUCAGUAUUCUGAAUGAACUUUACACGUUCCAUUCCCUCUCUUCAUAGCAUUUGAAAAAAAGCACAUAUUUUUAAAACUUCUAUAGCAUUUACUUCAUCUCAUUGUAUGUCCCAGCCAUAAAGCAUAUAUAGAAAUAUUGUAAAAAAAAUGUAUGGUAUAUUACUGUUUUUACAAGCCUCUAAUAACCUACCGAUUCCCUGCAUGACAUUAAAAAAAAGGCUUCCCAGUCCAAGUCACACACAUACACACACACAUACACACAUACACAAACACAACACACACACACACAUACACACAUACACAAACACACCACACACACACACACACACACACAUACACAAACACACCACACAGACACACACACACACACACAUACACACACACACACACACACACACAUACAUGGAAUGUUAGGGGAGCAAAAAACACAAAAGCAGAAUAUGUAAAGUGGCUCUUUAUGCAUGUGCCCUACUGCAUGUUGGAUUUUUAGCCUGCUUGUAUUUACACCAAAAUAGCAGUCUGAUAUGUCACAAAAAGAACACAAAAUUUAAUCUACAGUAUUACUCAAGAUCUCCAGCUGCAACAUACAAUACUAGCUCAUAAAAUGGGUGCUGUGCACUUCAAUUUUGAAGUUGUUUUUGAAGGUAAUUGUCUUUUUGUAAUGCAAACCAUUAGGCCCAUAGAAACACUUUAACAUGUGAUUGAGUAUGUAUUUACAUCUGCAGUAAGAGAUAAAAUAUCCAGAGAGUUUUUUGCUUUUGUUACAGUAAUACACUUCUCACCCCACUCCUCCUAGAUGCAUACUUGCAAUCUUGCUGCUUGGUCAUUGAUGCAGUGCAGAUUUUUUUUUCUACUUCAUCAAUACUAGAAGAUGUCUUCUCUAAAUACCUCUGGCUGUAUCACUGUAAUGGUGCAAUCCUCAUUGACCUUGACACGCAGAUUGCUUAGUGUGCUGUCCUGUUUCCCUCGUUCAUAUUAUGCUGAGGCUUAAGGAUUCCUUGAAGCAUUCGUCUUGAGCGCAGUAACACUCUGGGAAAAACAAACAAAAAAAAAAAAGAAAUGAAUAUGUCCACAUUGUUUCCAGACACUGCAGGGUAUUGACCUACAUAAUCAGCAAUUUUGUAAAUGCUUUUGAUUCUGGUUAGAAAUUAAUGCAUUUAUGAGGAAGACAAACAAACAUAGGUCUAGGUCCCUAGAGUAUAAAUUGGAAGGGGUGUGCUGUGAAGCCAUUUAGUUUUUGCAGAUACAACUAAGAGAUAGAAAAAAAAAAUACACAUUGUAUUUAAAGGCUUACAAUAUUGCAAAUUAAAGCUCAUAGCUGUUGAGCAAAGGCCAUUUAUCCCCAGGUUGCCUAAUAUGGCAUCAGUGGCCAGUCUUAGUCUUCCAAUAAUGAAACCAAAUUGCAACUGUCUAAUUACUGAAUAUAUAUAUUACUAAAUAAAGUUAUUUUACUAUCUUUUUGUGGGGUUUCAUGCUUUCCUUCUGAUUAUGAUGCAAACUGUCUGCUCUGUUCUCUCUAUUGGCACGCUUUUAGUCUAGUGUACAUCCUGUAAAGGAUUUUCUGUUCCUUAAAUUUCAGUCAACCUUACCUCCCUCCCACUAUGUGGGAGGCUCCUGUUGGUGUAGUUGGUGAGGUUAUAGUCAAGAAGGUAUUGUGGGACAGAAAUAGAGUUGGCUGAAUUUCCAGAAAGAGCGUACAUGAGGAGCAGGAAGUCUAUUAUAGGAUGUACCCUAGACAGGAAGUAGGGCAAUGAAGACAACAGAGCCGACAAUUUGCAUCUGCCGCAAAAUAAAAGCAUGGAAGUCCACAGUAAAGUAGGAAAAAACUUUAUUGAUCAAUGUUUGUUCAUUUAUUUAACAAUUGAAAGUAGGCUUUAUAAUUGGAAAACCCCUUUAAUAAAAAAAAUAAAAUGAUGACAAAUGAGUUUCAAAGAAGAAAGCCUAUUUCCUCAUGUAGAAGGCACCAUUUUAACCCAAAUUAUUUUGUCUACCACUCGAGUAAAAAAUAA